GUGGUGGGAGGCAUUGUGUCUCCGGUGAGUGAUGGCUACGGGAAACAAGGUCUUGUACUCGCCAAACAUCGCAUCGCCAUGGCAAAACUGGCGCUUCAGAGCUCCGACUGGGUCACGGUUGAUGAAUGGGAGAGUCAACAGCCAGACUGGACGGAGACAGUGGUCAAUAUGAGGUAUCAUUAUGAGCGCAUUCUGAAAGAUUAUGAGCUGAGGGCAGGAACACACAGUGACGCCAGUGGGGACAAUAACGUCUCAAUGCCAUUCCCCAGAUUGAAGCUUCUGUGUGGAGCUGAUUUCCUGCACACCAUCAAGAUUCCUGGCCUGUGGCCGGACGAUCACGUGGAAGACCUGGUAGGCCGUUUCGGCCUGGUCUGCGUCAGCCGCGGGAGUCUGCAGCCCGAGCGAGCUGUGCACGAGUCAGACACGCUGUACCGCCACAGGCAGAAUAUCUUCCUCGUGCGGGAAUGGGUGAGGAACGAGACGAGCGCCACCGAGGUCCGUCGGGCGCUGAGACGCGGCCGGAGCGUCAAGUACCUGAUCCCGGACUCUGUCAUCGAAUAUAUUCGAGGGCACAACCUCUACACGGAGGAGAGCGAGAGGAGAAACGAGGGCACAGUGCUGCGGCCGUUCAUUAAACAGGCUCAUCAGCCGAUAAAGUGUCUGAACGACUGAGCUGGGGUCGGAUUUAUAAAA